AACACCGAAAAAUAGCCUAUGAAAAGAUUAAUGAGCUCUAGAAGCCAUCAGGACUACGGUUUCAAAGAGGAUUAUGGGCGUGUAGCUGAAUUCGAUGCGUUCCCUUUUUUGUUGGUCAUGAUUUUCCUGCGGAGGCUUGUGCAGCUUUCGGUGCUGCUGAUCCACGCUGGAUGGUGGGGGGUCGCGCCGAGCCCCACCGAUGAGGGAGCACUCCGGACCGGCCACGGUGAGCACGGAGAGCCUGGACACCAAGAGCCUCACAAGGACUCCUACAGCACCUUCGCCUCCGAGUUUCUGGAGUCCAGAUAUCUGUCCGAUGAUGGUUACCCAUUCCCCACAGCACCCCCAGUCGACCCCUUUGCCAAGAUCAAAGUCAGCGACUGUGGAGUAACAAAGGGCUGCAUAAGGUACGGGAAACCGGGGUGUGAUGCAGAGACGUGUGACUACUUUCUGAGUUAUCGUCGCAUUGGGACAGAUGUGGAGUUUGAGCUGAGCGCGGAUACGGAUGGCUGGGUGGCCGUAGGUUUCUCAUCUGAUAAGAAAAUGGGAGGAGACGACGUUAUGGCCUGUGUGCAUGAUGAUAACGGGCGCGUGCGGAUACAUCACUUCUACAACGUCGGCCAGUGGGCCAAGGAGAUCAAGAGAAAUCCGGCUCGAGACGAAGAGGGCAUAUUUGAGAACAAUCGCGUCACCUGCCGUUUCAAGCGACCGUUAUACGUCCCCAGAGAGGAAACGCUUGUGGACUUACACCUCUCGUGGUACUACCUGUUUGCAUGGGGACCUGCUAUUCAAGGUUCCAUCACGAGGCACGACAUCGACAGUCCUCCAGUCAGCGAGCACAUGAUCAGCAUCUAUAAGUACGUGGACAUCUUCAUGCCCUCCACAGCUUAUCAGACAUUUAAUUCUCCCCUCUGCUUACUGCUCAUAGUAGCUCUCACCUUCUACCUGCUGAUGGGGACGCCAUAAUGAAGCACAGCACAGCAGAGAGAAGAUGA